AUGCCAAAUAACCCAUUCUUUCUUCUCUCCAUUGUGUCUAUAACUCUAAACACCUCCAUUUAUGUUGGAAAACCUAACCACCACCAGCGACGUCGACUUCUACAUGCCCCUUUGGUCUCCAUCGAUUUUGCUCUCAUUUGUCGUCCAUUUAGUCUCCUAGAUUCCAGUUGGCAAUCGAUAUCUUCGUAUAGUCGAGUUCGCACUUUGCAGGCAUCUGAUCUCACACUCAAUCUCAACAACGGGAUUAGAUGUAGUUCUAUUCGCUAUAGCAUUACAGAAAUCCGUCAGACCUGCAGAUUUUGGGUUCAUGAAAUUUUGGGGUGUCGCCAAAGCUUUGGGGAGGAAAGGGGUGGGACGGGUUCAAUGGUGGUUGGAGGGGUAACCGACAAUGUUUAUCUUUCACCUGAGAUUGUGAUUGUGAUGAAGCGUUGA